AGAGAGUCACCAGGAGAGGGAGGGACUUAGGCAGCGGGACAAUGCUGGUGUUUGUGCAACGGCCCCUGAGUGGCGGCUGGCUCUCUCAGAUCGCUCUCGCUUGACUACCAUCGCUGCACGCAUUGUUGAAGUGAAAGGAAAGUGGACAGUUUGAUCCUGGUGUGGGAUGCGUCGGCAGAGGCAGUGGGAGGGAGAUCGGGUUUUGAUGUGAAGAACAAUAAAGCAGAAAGGCUGGAAAGAAGAUCCAGCUCUGGAGGUUUGGAGAGGGUGUCCACCCCUGCAGUACCAGGGAGGAGGAGGAGGAUAAACCUUCCUACCACAUUAAAAGAAGCUGAGCUGUGUUUGUAGCGUGGGUGGGCAGGUGAGGGCUGAGCUGUGGUGACGACUCUGGGCUGAAGUCUGGUACAGAAGAGGAGGAAGAAGAGGAGGAAGAAGAGGAGGAGGAAGAAGAGGAGGAGAGGGUGUGGGCGUGAGGCCCAAACACAAGCAGGAUGGGAGAGAAGAAAGUCAGUCUCCCUGCUAAGCUGAUUAAUGGGGGCGUGGCGGGCCUGGUCGGUGUGACAUGUGUGUUUCCUAUUGACCUGGCCAAGACCCGCCUGCAGAACCAGCAGGGCAUCCAAGUCUACAAGGGAAUGCUCGACUGUCUGGCAAAGACCGUCCGCUCAGAGGGCUAUUUUGGAUGCUACAGAGGUGCAGCAGUGAACCUCACGCUAGUCACACCAGAAAAAGCGAUUAAACUGGCCGCCAACGAUGUCUUCAGACAGAAGCUCUCUAAGGAUGGGCAUUUGCCCCUGUGGGGGGAGGUCCUGGCCGGCUGUGGGGCUGGGACCUGUCAGGUGGUGGUGACCACGCCCAUGGAGAUGCUGAAGAUCCAGCUGCAAGACGCAGGACGGCUGGCUGCUCAGAGGCCUGUUCCUGCUCCAGCUGCUCCCGGUCCGGCUCCGUCUCUGGUGGCCCCUCCACGGUCGGCCCGGUCGGCCCCUCCACAGCGGCCGUCAGCCACGGGCAUCACGGUGGAGCUGCUGAAGACCCGGGGCCUGGCUGGGCUCUACAGGGGGGCAGGAGCCACCUUAAUGAGGGACGUCCCCUUCUCGAUGAUCUACUUUCCGCUGUUCGCCAACCUGAACGCUCUGGGCCGGGACAGUGCAGACGGCCAGGCUGCUGUUCAGGCCCAGGCUCCGUUCUGGCAGUCGUUUGUGGCGGGAUGUUCUGCCGGAUCAGUGGCAGCGGUGGCCGUUACACCACUGGAUGUAAUAAAGACCCGUCUGCAGACUUUGCAAAAAGGUGAAGGAGAAGACACAUACAGAGGAAUUAUAGACUGCACGAGGCGCAUCAUGACGAGAGAAGGUCCAUCAGCCUUCCUGAAGGGCGCAACGUGUCGAGCUUUAGUCAUCGCUCCUCUCUUCGGCAUCGCGCAGGGCGUCUACUUUCUCGGGGUGGGGGAGACGGUGCUGGGUUUGAUGGGAUAGCGGCGCUCGGCGUUGUGGUUGUGUCGUUUCUGUACAGAUAAUAUGCUGCUUUAAUCUGCAGCGAAUGAACGACACAACCGAGUUAGAAGGGAAAUACGGCCACGAUCCCCCUAACCAAAGGAAGAGCAAAGGUCUCCAUUAUGAAGAGGCUCUUUUCACUAACAUGUGGACCGCUGGGUUCACACUAAUCUCGGCUCUAGAGGUUUUUACAUGCUGUCAGCAGGGUUCUGUAGCUUAAACAAGGUCCUGUUUAUGUGCGGCUAAUCUGAGGAUGAAUGUCCCAAGAUGCUGUCAGUUUGUUUACCGAAGGCAGGGGUGUCAAAGUCAUCUUAGUCCAGGUUCCACAUUCAGCCCAAUCUGAUCGGAAAUGAACCCGACCAGUAAAAUCACAGCAUAAUAACCUAUAAAUAACUUCGCUUUGUUUUAGUGCAAAAAAAUACAGUCUGAAAAUGUUCACAUUUAAGGAAUUAUCUUUUCACAAAACAUCAUUAACAACCUGAAAAUUCUGAAGAAAAAUAAAUAAAAUUUCAGCAACAUUAUUCCUCAGUUUAUCAUUUCCACAUUACAACUUCCAGAUCACAGACAGUCUACAAAGGAACACAACAACUGAGUGACAGAGUAUUUUACUUCAUGAUCGCAAUGACAAAAUUCAGACAAAAAAAAGAUCCAAAACAACAAAAACAAGACAAAAUAAUACAAAAAUGAGACACAAAACAACGAAAACACGAGACACAUGACAAAAGUCAGACAAUAAAAGACAAAAUAUAACAAAAACGAGAGAAAACAGUACAAAAAUGAGACCAAAAACGACAAAAAUGAAACACAAGAGGACAAAAAUUAGACAAAUCGAUGAUAAUGAGACACAAAACAACAAAAACACGAGACAAAUGACAAAAGUCAGACAAUAAAAGACAAAACAACAAAAACUAGACAAAAUAUCACAAAAAUGAGACACAAAAUGACAAAAGAACAAUGUAGUAUUUUACUUUCGGAUCAAAACAACUGACAUGGUCUAGAAAUUAUUUUGAAUUUAUAGUUAAAUAAAUUUAUUGUAAAUUUUAAUUUUAUAGUUUUACUAGUUUACAAUCUGCAGUUAAUGUCUUCUCUGUAAUUUUUACACUUUGAGGGCCGGAUUGGACCCUCUGGAGGACCACUUUUGGCCCACGGGCCUCAGGUUUGACACCCCUGACCUGAGGGAUAAUAUUCUGUCUGGUUGUUACUAAGAAGAACGAUUGCAUGUUUUAUUUUUUUGUUGUUUUUUGAGGCUGCUAACUAAAAUGCCUACCAGUCUGAGCUUUUCUUUGGUCUGUGCAUCAUCCUACGGAAGUGACAAACGGACUUUCUUUAAACCCAAUCACUCAGACGUGAACGUCUUCUUUAGAAAAGGAGCUUGACAUCCUUCUGCCUGCUCGGUUAUGCAUUCCUCCCACUCCGUUCUGGAGGUGGGAGCUGUAAUCUGGGAUCCUGUGCUGGACUGGGAGGCGUUGCCUUUCAGUAUCUAUAAGGUCAUUAGUUAAUCUGAAGGUAAUGCUUUAAUCCCUGUAUUAGCAUACAAUAUACCCUCACAUACAGCUCACUUCCUGCUUAAAGGCCACACAGGUUAGACGGCUACACCUCUAUCUCUUCUCCACAGCCUGCCAGGGUUGACAGGAAACCUUCUGGCUGCUUUUACUGCUUAGUUCCCGUUAAAAAUACGUUGCUUCAAACGAUGUACGCACAAUAACUGAAGGAAAUGCAAUUAAAGCCUUAUCAUUGCUAAUAGUUUCUAAAGCAUCAAACUGUAAGUCUUAAAGGGAUUCAGUGGAUUGGUGGUGUUGAAAUGUUGUUUUGGUCCUUGAGUCCAGUUUAGCAACGGCCAUUCUAACCGGUAGACCCGUGGAGGAGGUACGGCAGCUCGUCUUGCCAGCUGUUUGUCAUCGGGUAGCACUAAAAAGCUGUUUUUGUUUUUUACAUUUUUAAUGCAAGACACACUUGGAUGUGGUUAGUGGACCUAGGCUACUACAUUUUCCUCACCGUAGAGUGAACCUAGCCUGAGUAAACUGUUUGUUUACAAGCUGUAAAUAAAGGUAAAUCGUACAUGUUGA